GUGCCGAGGGGCGCACGACCGACCUGCCAGUCCGGGCCGCGCAUGUGACUGUGCCCCGUCGGUCGUCUCUGCCGCCGCCGCACCCGCCCGCCCGCCAAGCUGGAGGCCCACGCCCCCUUCCACGUCGUGUUCGGCAAGCAGGGCGGCCAGUUCGCCGCCGCCAAGCUCGACUCGGACCCGUACGUGCGGGCCAGCCUGGAGCGCCAGCACCUGACGGCCAUGCUCGCCGCCAUGCCGACGCUGAUGAUGCCCGGCGCGCCGACCAUCACCACCAUGGCCAACCCGGCGCCCAUCGCCGUGGCCCAGCACAAAAUGGAGAGCUCGCCGCAGCUGAAGAGCUGCUCCUCCAAUAAGUCAGAGCACUUUCACAUAUUCGUCGGCGAUCUCAGUCCGGAGAUUGAGACCCACACUCUGCGGGACGCGUUCGCCCCGUUCGGAGAGAUCUCCGACUGCCGGGUGGUGCGCGAUCCUCAGACGCAGAAGUCCAAGGGCUACGGCUUCGUCUCCUUCGUCAAGAAGAUGGAGGCGGAGAACGCGAUAGCGGCGAUGAACGGCCAGUACCUGGGCAGCAGAAAUAUCCGCACCAACUGGGCCACCCGCAAGCCGCCGGCGCCCAAAAACGACCCCAACGCCAAGCCGCUCAGCUACGAGGAGGUGUUCAACCAGAGCUCGCCCACCAACUUCACCGUCUACUGCGGCGGCGUCACGCUUGGCCUCUCCGAGGAGCUCAUACAGAAGACAUUCAGCCCGUACGGGCUCAUUCACGAGAUCCGCGUCUUCAAGGACAAGGGCUACGCCUUCGUCAGGUUCUCCACCAAGGAGUCGGCCACCAACGCCAUCGUGUCGGUGCACAACACCGAGAUCAACGGCCAGCUGGUCAAGUGCUCCUGGGGCAAGGAGUCGGGCGACCCGAACCACGCGCCGGCGGCCGGCGGCCCGGCUGGGUUCGCCUCCCUACCGGCCGCUGGCGCCCAGUACCCAUACAACAGCUACGGCCAGAUGGGCUACUGGUACCCGCAGGGCUACCCGGCCGCCGCCCAGAUGCAGGGCAUGCAGGGCUACGGAAUCCAGUACGGCUACCAGUACGGAUACCAACAGGGUGGCAUGACCCAGGACUACGGAGGAGCGCAGGGCGGCCCGGCGUCGUAAUCCCCCGCGCACAGUCGCAGACACUUGACAAACGCGGCGCUGCGGCGCCGGAGCCGGUGCUGGCCAGCCCGACUGGGCCGCUGGUGAUGGCGCCGAAUCACUGGUGUGGCCCCGCAGCCGCUGGUGUUGGCUCGGAGUCGCUGUUGAUGGCUCGGAGUCGCUGGUGAUGGCCCAGAGUUGCUGUUGAUGGCUUGGAGCCGUCGGUGAUGGCUCGGAGUCGCAGGCGGUGACUCAGAGCUGCAGGUGCUGGCUCUGAGCGGCCUCUGAGAGCGAGCCCGGAACUGCAGGCUCGAAGCCGCUGGUGAUGAUGCUGCUGACUCGGGGACCGAGUCCACGGCCCAUGGCGACUCCGACUCCUGUAUACAGUGUCGUGAGAGGAGCGAUCAAUACAGACUGAAGUGGGGCUUGUU